AUGUCAUCUACUAACAAAAGAAUUGCUCUUCCAGCAAGAGUUGAGCCAAAGGUGUUUUUCGCCAAUGAAAGAACUUUCUUAUCAUGGUUGAACUUUACUGUCAUUUUGGGUUCAUUGGGUGUCGGAUUGUUGAACUUUGGUGAUUAUGUUGGUAGAAUUUCCGCUGGAUUAUUCACAUUUAUUGCCAUGUUGACCAUGGUUUAUGCUUUGGUCACCUACCACUGGAGAGCAAAGGCUAUUAGGUUGAGAGGAUCUGGUCCAUACGAUGACAGAUUUGGUCCUACUAUGUUGUGUUUCUUCUUGCUUAUUGCUGUCGUGGUCAACUUUAUCUUGCGGAUAAGAGCUUAG